AUGUCUCCAUCUCCGUCUCCGUCUCAGAUCAGCGAACGCUACGGCCCCGUCUACACCCUCCACCUGGGACCCCGGCGGGUGGUGGUGCUGUGUGGCUACCGGGCGGUAACAGAGGCCCUGCUGGACCAGGCCGAGGACUUCAGUGGGCGUGGGAUACAAGCCACCUUCGACUGGCUCUUCCGUGGCUAUGGAGUGGCCUUCAGCAACGGGGAGAGGGCGAAGCAGCUGCGCCGCUUGUCCAUCACCACGCUGAGGAACUUCGGGGUGGGCAAGCGAGGCAUCGAGGAGCGGAUCCUGGAGGAGGCUCAUUUCCUGCUGGAAGCUUUGCGGGGCACAAAAGGUUUGCCCUUUGACCCCACCUACUUCCUGAGCCGCACAGUGUCCAACGUCAUCAGCUCCGUGGUCUUCGGAGACCGGUUCGACUACGAGGACAAGGAGUUCCUCUCCCUGCUCCACAUGAUCAAUGAGAGCUUCAGCUUCACCGCCACGGCCUGGGGGCAGCUCUACGAGAUGUUCUCAGACACCAUGUGCUACCUGCCCGGCCCCCAGCGCGCAGCCUUCAAGCAGUUGGCAGGGCUGGAGAAAUUCAUCGAGAGGAAGGUGAAGGCGAACCAGGAGACCCUGGACCCCAGCGCCCCUCGGAAUUUCAUCGACUGCUUCCUGGUCAAAAUGCAGCAGGAAAAGGAAAAUCCUUCCUCUGAGUUUUCCCUGAAGAACAUUGUUCUGACGACGCUCGCCAUCUUCUUCGCCGGGACGGAGACCAUCAGCACCACCCUGCGCUACGGCUUCCUGAUCCUGCUGAAAUACCCGGAGAUUGAAGAAAGGAUCCACGAGGAGAUCGACCGGGUGAUCGGGCGGAACCGCACCCCGAGCAUGGAGGACCGGAGCCAGAUGCCCUACACCAACGCCGUCAUCCAUGAGUUCCAGAGGUUCUGUGACGUCAUCCCCAUGGGCCUGGCACGCCGGGUGAUCAGGGACACCCCGUUCCGGGGAUACACUAUUCCCAAGGAGACGGAGGUGUACCCGAUGCUGGGAUCCGUGCUGUAUGACCCCACGCAAUUCAGCAGCCCCGACACCUUCAACCCCAGCCAUUUCUUGGAUGGGAACGGCCAGUUUAAGAAGAGCGACGCCUUCGUGCCCUUCUCAAUAGGGAAAAGGUAUUGUUUCGGGGAGAUGCUGGCACGCAUGGAGCUCUUCCUUUUCCUCACCAGCAUCCUGCAGAACUUCCGCUUCCACUCCCCCAUGGAGCCCAAAGACAUCGACAUCUCCCCGAAGCUGGUCGGGUUCGCCACCCUGCCCCGCAGCUACAAGAUCUGCCUGGUCCCGCGCUAGCAGCCCCAUGGAUCAGACGGGAUUUCUGGGGGCAGCUUUGG